GCCCUCAAAUUUCUCUUCACCACCGUAUUCCUCUCGCCUCAUAAUAUCUCCCCUCAACUAAGGAUCUCUUCCCACUUUAUCCCCUACUUCAUUUCUCUCUGUCUUCUUCUUAUUCUUCUUCUUCUUCUUCUUCUUCUUCUUCUUCUUCUUCUUCUUUUCCUUCUUCUUCCUCUCCUCCUCCUCCUGCUCCUCCUUACAUAACUCAAUUCCUUUGGACGAAAAAAUGGCGAACGCGGCAUCUGGAAUGGCUGUUGAUGAUGAAUGUAAGCUGAAAUUCUUGGAGCUAAAAGCGAAGAGAAACUAUAGGUUCAUUGUUUUCAAGAUUCAAGAGCAGCAGGUGGUGGUUGAGAAAGUUGGAAGCCCUCAAGAAACCUAUGAAGAUUUCACUGCGGCUCUACCUGCCGAUGAAUGUCGCUAUGCCGUCUUUGAUUUCGAUUUCACCACUGAUGAGAACUGUCAGAAAAGCAAAAUUUUCUUCAUUGCAUGGUCACCAGAUACAUCAAGAGUGAGAAGUAAGAUGGUGUAUGCAAGCUCAAAAGAUAGAUUCAAGAGAGAAUUGGAUGGCAUUCAAGUUGAGUUGCAGGCAACAGACCCUAGUGAAAUGAGCUUUGACAUUAUAAAAGCCCGGGCAAUCUGAACACGCAAAGCUAUUCUUGCGUUUUACUUUCUUCUCCAACAUUCACCCGCUCUUUAUGCAUAUGACUACCAUUUGUAAGCAUUGCUUAAUUGCAUUUAUGCUAAAUUUAUACUUUUUCAAUCAUUUCUAUUUAUACUUUUUCUUCUUUUGUCAAACUUUUUUCUUUUUUUUUUUUGAAGUGUGGGUUUUACAAUGGACUCUUGUAGUUUUAAUGUAAUAUUAUCCAUACAUUUAUGCUAAA